AUGCAUCUGUCCUGCUGCCAACAAAGCACAGUGAUCUACCUGGUGUCCCUGGCCGUGGUGGACACGCUCUUCAUGGUGCUGGGGGGCCUGGUGGACGUGGGGGCGAGCUGGCAGGAGUCGGCAGCGUCCCGGGCCCCCAACGCCCUCCUCUGCAGUGCCGUCACCUUCAACGAGGAGUGGACGCUGUCCAGCUCCCAGUGGAUCGUCACGGCCCUCACCCUGGAGCGCUACCUGAUCUCCCGGGCGCGCGGCCCCAGGCCCCGCCGCUGCUGCCGGCUCUCCCGCCCGCAGGUGGCGCUGCUGCUGGUGCUGGUGGCGGUGAUCAGCUCCCAGAUCCUCAGCCUGCCAUUGUGCUGGCUGUACCAGACCUGGCCAGGAGGGGGCGAGGCGGAGGUGUGGCCAGGGCUCGCUCUGCUCUGGAGCAACGGCUCCCGGGCCCCGUUGGCGUCGCGGUGCCGGGUGCUCCGCAGCCCCCACAUCCCCGCCACGCUCUGGUUCCACCCCCUGCUCGCCGGCUGCCUUCCCAUGAGCCUCACGCUGUUGCUGAGCGUGCUGGUGUCCCUGCACUUCCACCGCCGCGCCCGCGCCCUGGUCGCCCCGCGCAGCAUCGCCCCCUUCCGGACGACAGGCUCCCGCAUGCGCCGCUCCGGCCGCAUCCAGCUGGCAGCGGCGCUGGUGGCGGUCUUCCUCGCCCUCCCGCGCUACGUCACGCAAGGCCUGCUGGCCUGGGUGGGCAAGCAGGCGGGGCUGGACAGGGGGCUGGGCGUGGCGAUGGGCGUGGCCCUGAUGCUGCAGUGGCUCAGCCUGGUCAUCCACUUCCUGCUGUACUGCUUCCUGUCGUCCGGAUUCCGGCGGGAGACGCUCGCCCUGCUGAGACGGCUCUGCCACGGCGCCACAAAGCCCCAACACCCCUGGACCAAUCGUUGCGCCCGUUCGCCAGCUCCGACCCCCGGCCAGCCCUGCCAGAUGUUUAUAACGAGGGUGGCGGAUGACUCCUUCGCUUUCCUAUCCGAAGCUUCGCUCGUCGCCCACUAG